GUGUGCUACUUCUCAAAUUUCUUCUUCUCUGUUUUUUUUUCAUUUCCUUCCAGCGCCGUUUUUUAGUCUCUCCAUCUCCGGCACGGUCGUAUUCUCCGACUUCCUCUUCUUCCCCGGCACGGCGUUUUUGGGCGAGAGAUUUUUCUCCUACUUCUUCUUCUCGGGACAGAGAGGUUGGUGAUGAGAGGGCGAGACUGAGAGAAUGAGAGUGUAGAAAGCGAGACCACGCCACCGGAUACACCGAGCGAGAUACCAAUUUUUUCUUUCAUUCGGGACCUCUUCAAAACCCGGGUCAUUUGACAUUUUCUCCUAAAUUUUCAUGUCAUUUAUCCGACGGACUCUUGACUCUUCUUCUUUUUCGGCCAAUCUCACUGCUUGCUGCUGUCUCGCUUGGUUCAGUGUUGCACUCAUCGUUUCUUUUCUCUAGAACCACAAUCGUUUCUUUUCGCUCUGGCCUCCUGGUUGCCUUUUCUCUCUCUUGGGGUCGCUGAGGCCUAGCAUUGCGUAGAAGUUUGUCCGAGUUGAAGGACUAUUGCAAUGGCCAUCGAUUGCCUCGUUCUUGGCGCUGGGCAAGAAGUUGGGAAGAGUUGUGUGGUCGUUACAAUCAAUGGAAAGCGAAUUAUGUUUGAUUGCGGGAUGCAUUUGGGCUAUGUCGACCAUCGUCGAUAUCCUGAUUUCUCUCGCAUAUCUGCUUCUCAUGACUAUAAUAAUGUUCUCUCCUGUAUCAUCAUUACACACUUUCACUUGGACCAUAUAGGUGCUCUUCCAUACUUCACCGAAGUUUGUGGCUAUAAUGGACCCAUUUACAUGACGUAUCCAACAAUGGCAUUGGCUCCUAUAACGUUGGAGGACUAUCGAAAAGUGAUGGUUGAUCGAAGGGGUGAAGCAGAACAAUUUACUAAUGACCAUAUUAUGGAGUGCUUGAAAAAAGUUGUACCUGUGGAUUUGAAGCAGACUAUACAGGUUGAUGAAGAUCUUCAAAUUCGUGCUUACUAUGCUGGACAUGUUUUAGGAGCUGCCAUGUUUUAUGCUAAAGUUGGAGAUGCUGCUAUGGUAUACACAGGAGACUAUAAUAUGACACCUGAUAGACAUCUGGGAGCAGCUCAAAUUGAUCGAAUGCAAUUAGACCUUCUUAUAACAGAGUCUACAUAUGCAACAACCAUACGUGAUUCUAAAUAUGCCCGCGAGAGAGAAUUUCUUAAAGCUGUUCAUAAUUGUUUGGCUAGUGGAGGGAAGGUCCUUAUUCCUACUUUUGCGCUUGGACGGGCUCAGGAACUUUGUGUCUUGUUGGAUGACUAUUGGGAGCGCAUGAAUCUGAAGUUUCCGAUCUAUGUUUCAGCAGGUUUGACUGUUCAAGCUAAUAUGUACUAUAAAAUGCUCAUUAGUUGGACAAGCCAGAAGGUCAAAGAGACGUACACUACAAGGAAUGCAUUUGACUUCAAAAAUGUUCAAAAGUUCGACCGUUCUAUGAUUGAUGCGCCUGGACCUUGUGUUCUCUUUGCUACACCAGGGAUGAUCAGUAGUGGGUUUUCUCUUGAAGUUUUUAAGCGUUGGGCACCUUCUAAAUUGAAUCUGAUCACAUUACCUGGGUAUUGUGUUGCUGGAACUGUUGGACACAAGUUAAUGUCAGGUAAACCCACCAAAAUUGAUCUGGACAAGGUCACUCAAAUUGAUGUGCAAUGCCAGGUUCACCAACUGGCAUUCAGCCCACAUACUGAUUCCAAAGGAAUUAUGGAUCUUGUGAAAUUCCUUAGUCCCAAGCAUGUGAUUCUUGUACAUGGAGAGAAACCUAAAAUGGCUGUUUUAAAGGAGAGGAUUCAUUCUGAACUGGGAAUCCCAUGUCAUGAUCCUGCAAAUAAUGAAACCGUAUCCAUAUCUUCAACACUUUCUGUCAAAGCAGAAGCCUCAAGCAUGUUUAUUCAGAGUUGUUCAACUCCUAAUUUUAAGUUCUUAAAAAGAAACUUGAUUGAUCCUGAUUUAAAAGAUUUAAGUUACAAAGCAGAAAGAACUUCAAACAUGCUUAUACGCGAAUGCUCAAAUCCCCAUUUCAAGCAUUUGAAAAGAAAUUUGGACGCCAAGUUUGAUUCUAGUUUAAGUUGUGGUCCAGCGCUACAGGUAAGUGAUGAUAGAGUAAAUGAAGGGAUCUUGGUGAUGGAAAAUGGUAAAAAAACCAAGGCAUUACAUCAGGAUGAACUAUUGCUACUCUUGGGACAACAAGAGCAUGAGGUCAGGUUUGCUCAUUGUAGACCCAUAUACUUUGGUAGCUUAGAUGAGAUCCAUGUUAUGGAUAGCUUAUCUAGAAAAUCUCUAUGGCUUUCCCAACUAUCUUUUAAGCUUUCAACCGAACUUUCAGACAGGAAUGUUCAAAAUCUUGGGGAGUAUCUUCAAGUUGAAUCAAUUACACUGUCCAUUUGCUCAAAGGAAAAUUGCCCUUACAGAACUAUAGAUAGAAUUAAAAAUGAAUCUACUGCUAUGGUAUUUUGUUGCUGUAGUUGGCUAGUUGCAGAUGAAAUCCUUGCAUGGAAAAUCAUUUCUAUCUUGGAGAAACAUGAUCUCGGUUCAACAUGAAUGUACAUGGGAAUAUGCAUUACGAGGUUAGCUCAAUUCAUGACUUGUAUUUGGCAAAGGAAACAAUCUUACUGCCUUUCACCUAAAUGCUAAAUCUGGAGGUUUAAAUUAUUAAUGGUUGGUUUUGGAAGCUUUGAGUGGCUGAAAGUCGAGUUGCUGUCUCAUGUAAAAUUGCAAGUGGAUCUGUGAAGAAUGGUGACUUUUUUGGGUACAAUAGGGAGAUUAGAACUAUAUUUCUUUGUCAAUAAUACAUCAAGUUGAGCUUUUCUUUUGGCAAUGAAUGAUUUUUUAUACUAGAGUUUUUUUUUUUUUUAUUAAUAGGUUGAUUUGUUUUAUCGAGUUUAGAAUUCUAUGUUGUAAAAACAUGUCAAGUUAUUGUUUAUAUUCACUAAUAGGAAUUUUCCAAUUUGUUUUAUUUCGAUUGUAUUUGUGGAA